UGAAACCAGCUUCUUCCGUUGUUUUUAACAUGGCCACAACACCACGCUAGUGAGAUACUUCCAUAAGACAACUGUUUUUAAACAUUAGCACACCGAGAAUGCCAAGGAAAAAGAAAAACGGCCAUAGCCCGGCCAGAGUACCCGGGUUAUCAAACGACAACAACUACUACCGAAUACCGGGAACGAGUGACGGCGCGCCGCUGUCGAGAAGUGAAUUCCACACCGGGACUAACUCUCACGACUACGGUAGUACUAAUAUGCUCGUUUCGACAAACUCAGGAGGAAUCUCGGCUACUUCUCAGGACAAGGACGAGAUCGUGAGGACCAUGAAGGAGAUGUUUUACCACCUGGAUCCGGAAGUUCUUUACAUUGUGUUGGCCGAGUGUGACUUCAAAGUUGAGAAUGCGAUGGAUUCUCUCCUGGAGCUGUCUGUAGCAGCUGAGCGUGUUGGCCCCCUCCCUCCCCUCCUCUCCGGGUUUGAGCUUACCGCAGCUCUCCUCAGCCCCCAACACAACUCCUCCAAACCAGACCUUCACCCCCACCCUCCUACGGGGGAGUCCGCUGUCCCCCUCUCCCCUCCCCGACGGGCCCCUCCUCUCCGCAGCGAAGAUAACCAGGACCUGACCACUGACUUGACGGAAGAGUUUGAUGUUCUGAUCGACCGUGAGCUGGAGAAUCUUACCCUACAGCAGGAAGCUGAAGCGAGGGACCACGGUGAUCUUCACUCCUCUUCCUCAUCCGUCUCUUCCCUCUCCUUCCCCGUUCAGCCCCCGGGCGCCCAGCAACAGGCCCUGCCACAGCCGCUCCAGUCCAGCCCAAGAGCCUCAGCCUCCAGGAGGGGGCUCCCAGGGGACCAGCCAUGCCCAGACAGGGUGUUCUCAGCUGGGCAGGCUAGCGGACCUCACUCCCCUGUCUCUGACCUGAGCCUCAACUUCUCUGGAGGAGCAGCCGGUUACCGGCGGCAACGGUCAUUACUGGACUUCAGCCAUCUGACUUCAUCGCCAUCCGAGACGGACAGAACUAAACCCAGCCUGCUUUUGGACCCAGGGGCCGCCGAUCGCCCCUCUGCAUUCCAGGCAUACAGGAAACUGGACCAGUUCACCGUUCAUCCAGAGGGCGAGCGGACCGUACCACCAGGUGGCGUAGUAAGGGGGGCGAGGACGAAGACUAGCGUCGCAGGAGAAGAAGAGCGACUCAACAACCCGUCGUUCUGGAAUACUCGAGCGCCGGAGUUCCAACCGCAUGUCCGCGGAAAUCAGGCAACGGGGCCGGCAUUUAUCGUCCCUGUGGCGCUAAGCCCCUCCUCCUGGCACACCCGAGCCACACCCGCCUCCCACUGGUUGGCCCAGGGCCCUGUCGGUCAAGCCGCGACCGUCCCCAGGUCUUGGACAGGGGGUGUGUCUGCUGGCCCCAGAGCACCCCUCCUCUCUGGGCAACAUGGUAGGCUCCGGCUGGAGGGGCAUGUCCUAGUGCUGCUACGGGGAGCUCCUGGGUCGGGCAAGUCCACCCUGGCCCGGGCCAUGCUGGAACAGAACCCACAUGGGGUGGUGUUGAGCACGGAUGAUUAUUUCUGUCGUCAUGGGGACUAUCGCUACGACCCCUCAGCUUUAGGAGAGGCCCACGAAUGGAACCACGCUAGAGCCCAGGAAGUGAUGGAGGCCUCUUUCUCUCCUGUUGUUAUUGACAACACCAACAUACGUACUAGGCACAGUGUUAAAGCAGAGAAGAUCCGUUGGAUGAUGGAAAAUUAUGAUCGUCACGUGACCAUUCACUCCAUCAUGGGAGCGCUCACCCCAAACUACCCCCAUUACGACCCAACACGACCCCCCAUCACGACGCCAAACUACCCCCCCAACAGGACCCAACACGACCCCCCAUCACGACGCCAAACUACCUCCCCAACAGGACCCAACACGACCCCCCAUCACGACGCCAAACUACCUCCCCAACAGGACCCAAGCCCAACCCAUCAGGAGGCCAAACUACCCCCCAACAGGACCCAACACGACCCCCAUCACGACGCCAAACUACUACCCCAACAGGACCCAAGCCCACCCCAUCAGGAGGCCAAACUACCCCCCAACAGGACCCAAGCCCAACCCAUCAGGAGGCCAAACUACCCCCCAACAGGACCCAAGCCCAUCCCAUCAGGAGGCCAAACUACCACCCCAUCAGGAGGCCAAACUACCCCCCAUCAGGAGGCCAAACUACCCCCCAUCAGGAGGCCAAACUACCCCCCCAUCAGAGGCCAACCUGCCCCCAUCAGGAGGCCAAACUACCCCCCAUCAGGAGGCCAAACUACCCCCCAUCAGGAGGCCAAACUACCCCCCAUCAGGAGGCCAAACUACCACCCCAUCAGGAGGCCAAACUACCACCCCAUCAGGAGGCCAAACUACCACCCCAUCAGGAGGCCAAACUACCACCCCAUCAGGAGGCCAAACUACCACCCCAUCAGGAGGCUAGCCCGUCACAGUAAGUUUCCUCAACACACCCAGACUGCAUCUCAAACUACCCCCCAACAGGAGACUAGGGAUAGGGCCCAAGUCUCAGACAAGGCCCGCCGCGACCUGGUAGGAGAGCAGCGAUUGGUCCAGGGCUCUGAGAGGUCCUGCCCCAGCUCUCCUCCUCGCUUCCCGACGUGUCGUCGGCCGGCCGCCCGGGAGAGCCAUAACCCCGGAUCACAGCUCUGCCCACGGGUCCACAGUGUGGAAGCUGGUGAAGGGAGCCAUGUUGGUGAGGUCAGUCAGUGCACUGACGCUAGUGAGACCAGGAUGGAAGGUGAAGUCGGCCAUCUUGGUGGGGGCAGUGAGGAGCGGAGGCAGAGUCGCAGGGCUGAGAAACAGUGCAAGCUGGCGCUCACCUUCACAAACAACACCCCUCCCUCCCCCAAACCACAGACAGACCCUGACCUCGACCCUAACUCUGACCUUGCCCCUAAUCUUGACUCUGACCUCGACCCUAACUCUGACCUUGCCUCUAAUCUCGACUCUGACCUCGACCCUAACUCUGACCUUGCCUCUAAUCUCGACUCUGACCUCGACCCUAACUCUGACCUUGCCCCUAAUCUCGACUCUGACCUCGACCCUAACUCUGACCUUGCCCCUAAUCUUGACUCUGACCUCGACCCUAACUCUGACCUUGCCCCUAAUCUCGACUCUGACCUCGACCCUAAUCUCCACUCUGACCUCGACCCUAAUCUCCACUCUGACCUCGACCCUAAUCUCCACUCUGACCUCGACCCUAAUCUCCACUCUGACCUCGACCCUAAUCUCCACUCUGACCUCGACCCUAACCCUAACUCUGACCUCGACCCUAAUCUCCACUCUGACCUCGACCCUAAUCUCCCCUCUGACCUCGACCCUAAUCUCCACUCUGACCUCCACUCAAGGUAUCAUGGCGGCCUCGGCCGGCGUUGGGUUCACCCCUCCGGCCAGCGUGGUGGUGCCGUGCUGACGCACGAGAAAGGGAGCCAGGUGGAGGAGAGGGAGCUGGAGGAGGGCCGGACCAGACAGCAGAACCUCGUCAUUCUCAGACGCCAUUUUAAACUGGUCAACAGACACACUCUGGAGGACCUCUAUGACACGUGUCAGCAGGAUCUGGAGUGGACCAGUAAUCUGUUGCUAGACUCUGGAGAGAGACUGUUCCUAGAGGAAGAGGAGGAUGAAGAAGAGGGUGAUGGAGAUCUGGACAUGGCCGUAGGUGUGUCCCUGGAGGAGAGGACGGAGAGGCGGGUUACGCCCCCAGGAGAACAGGCUUCGGCCUCCAGCUUUUUUGAUAGUGAGGCGAUUGUUGUACUGGGAAGAAGGGAGGAGGAAGAGGAGACGUGGAGGACAGGAGGGGGCGUUGACGAAGGGGUAGGUGGGGUUAGUGGACUGUACCAUCCGGUGUCUGGGGGCGGGGGCGGCUCAGAGGAACAAAACACCCCCUUGGGAGAGUCCACUCGUCUGGAGCACGGACCACCAGGAAGAGAUGUGGCGGAGCAGGAAGUGGUUCGCGACUCGGAGAGCGGAGCUGACGCAGAGCAGUGGGAGAGGGAGGAGGAGGAGGGAGACGAGGUGACCCAGUCGCUCCUAGCCCAGCUGGAGGAGAUGGAGAGGAGAGAGGAGGAGGAGGAGAGGAAAGGGAGGAAGGAGAAGGAGAAGAGGAGGGACAGACUCGUGGACAUCCAGAGUGUUGAACUGAAGCUGCCUACAGAACUGGCUCUGCAGCUGGUUGAGCUGUUUGGCCCUGUUGGUGUCCUACCAGGUUUGUGUUCUCCUGAUGACUACUCUGUGAGGAUGGACCUCAACAUGGCCAGACUGCUGCACCAGAAAUGGAAGGACACUGUCCAGGAGAAGCAGAGACAAGCAGCACUCUCCUACCAUCUACUACAAGAGUGA